AACUCUCAUACAAAUUUCACGCUGCUGAAUCUCAGCAGAUACAAUCUCUGGUUCGCAGAACAGACUUUUGUGUGUGUGCGAAUUGUGCCCGAUUGUAGACCAAUCUGUUAUGAUGAUGACGAUGAUGAUGGGCUCUACUAACGCUUAUGAUUUUACCAAAGUUUGCUGAAUGAAAUUUGGCAUGGAGUGUUAUUUGGAGAGUUUACUUGCGUGUGUGAGGCUUGAGCCAACGAUGAGAUUUGGCGGAGAGGGAGGGGAUUGGUAGGGAUGAAGCAUGCCGCGGGCUUGGUCUCGUGCGACUAUUGCUGUGGAUGGCAUCACACUGGCGUUGGGUUGAAUAUUAGAUAUGGAGCAGGAGGGAGAGGAGGGAGUCUGGUGUAUGAUGGAAGGGGAUUUAGUAAUUGGGGCAUCGCGUUGCCCAUGUUACGUAGGCAGGUUAGUGUGGCGGGAGGAAUCCAUCGUGGGCUGUCGAACACGGUGGCAUUGCGUCAGAAGGGGGCGGCAGGAACGUUUGGCGAGGCAGGAAAAGCCAAUAUUGCGUCGUCGGUGAAGGGUUUAGAACGAGGAGACAGAUUUCUUGAGAUUGCCUUAGGGCAUGCCGGUGCGGUGGGCGAGAAGCUCGGGGGAGCGGUAUCGCGCAGCUUGGAGGCGUUGAGUUUAUGGUUCACGGGCGGAGAGGGUGGGAGAGGAGGGGGAGGGGCGGGUGGUGGAGGAGAUGGAGGCUCUUGGGGAGAAGGCAGCAUGGGUCCGGAUGCGGAUUCUACUGUGGAACGUCUCGGAUUCGUCGAAGAACAGGAAGACGGCCAGGUCAGGGAAUCGUAUGGCUCAAGCUCAAAAAAAUUGUCGCCACUUAGCAGCCUGGAUGCGAGCAAACAUUAUGUUUGUUCGGGGUUGGAAAUUAUUCACGUGGAAGGUAUGGAAUUAGACGAGGACUUUUCGGCAUACGAAAUUUUGGGAUUCGAAGCUGAUCGAAAAUACAGUAAAUGGGAGGUAAUGGAGGCGACGUCUCGGUUGUUGGCCACAGGCUGGUAUAAAAGCGUGGAUAUGCUGUGGGAAGCAGAUUCUAAGGAUGCUAUAAAGCUUGUAGUGCUGACUGAAGACGCCAUUUGUAGCGAAAUCUCUUCAUUUCAAUGCGUGAAUGCUAGUUCUCAAUUAAAGAAGUCCGUCUGCUCCCAAUCAAACUACCUGAGCAGUGAGUUUUCACCACCAUGUAUUCUAUCAGACAGUGUUCAGAGGGAUAUUAAUACCAUGCUGCAGACAGAGGAGAAGCCAUCGAGACAGACCCUCAACGAUAUUCAGGAUAAGGUCGAGAGUUGGUACCGUAAUCAAGGUUAUGUACUUGCUAAGGUAAAGGGCUUUAGAACGUCGGAAGCAGGGGUGUUGGAAUGCCAUGUGGACGAGGGCAUCAUCACGCAAAUCUCUAUGUCUUGUGAAGACGAAAUGGCCCAGCCUGUAGUUUGUUUUACCAACAAGGACAUUAUUUUAGAAAACCUUCCGAAGGCAGUGAGGGAAGGCAUGCCAUUCAACUCAGAAGCAGGGAAAGCGGCACUGAAGAGGAUAGAGCAGCUAGGGCUGUUUGACAAAGUGAACAUACUGGCUGCCUCUGACUCCGAUUGUGGUGACAGGAAGGGCAUCGCGGUGCACAUUCUGGUGAAAGAGGGCCCUCGUCAGUCUGCAGAAGUCAGUACUGAAUGGAGCUUUCUAUGCAACGAUGCUGGCAGACCCGACCUAUGGACACUUCAGCCCGGUGGUAGUCUGUGUGUACAACAUCGAAAUAUCAAUGGAUUGAGUAGAACUGUAUCUGGGUGUAUCUCUACCAGCAACCUUUUACGUCCUCAGGAUGACCUAGGCUUUAAAUUGGAGUACGCUCAUCCUCUUGUAAAAGGCCUUCAGAGUGUACAUCCUCAGUUAGAGGGGUUUGAUAAGCACAACAAGCACACUUUGAGGCUACUUGCCUUCAACAAACGAAAGCUGAGCGCCACCUAUUAUAAUGCUGAUCAUUUUAAGGAAGUUCCUGCGAUAUGGAUUGAUCGAGCAGGCAUUAAGGCUUCUAUCAUAGAGAAACUCUCAGGACAAAGUAAACUUGCUUACGGAGUGGUGAUUGAAGAAGUGGCCACGAGGGACAGUAUAGGGGCGAUCUGCAAAAGCAAAGGAAGUAGUGGUUUUUCAAGUAGUUUGAAAUCUUCUGGAAUCGAGCACAUUGCUUUCUUACAGAUGAAAAUCACUCGUAGUAACUUAAAGUCGGGUGAGACAGGACUUUUAGGCGCACGAGAUUUGUUUCAGCUUGAUCAAGGCGUUGGGCUGGGAACUCGGGCACCCAUGUUUAAUAGGCAUCUGCUUGCGAUGACUAGAUACAUACCUUUACAAAGGAAAGCAGAACAGAAGGAUGAGAUUCCUUUUGUCGUCGUCCUGCACACCAGAUACGGGGGAUGCCUGGGAGACGUCGUAAAUUAUCGAUCCUUUGCAAACGGAGGUCCAUACGCACUUCGCGGCCACAACAUCGGGGAGCUUUCCAGUUUCAGUCGUUUCAUUGAGGUUGCAGGUGAAGUGCGUUUUCCUGUGCCACAGCAGAUGGAGGGUUACGCCUUCGUAGAUACACUGACCAGCUUACAAAAUUUUGGGGCUAUUCGUAACGACCCUGGUAGAAUAGUUGAAAGGGUAGGAAAGGGUCUUAUGUGCGGGGCAGGGUUAAAGAUGGGGAACUUACGCAUUGAGUAUGUUAUUGAUAACGCGGAUCGGACAGGAUCUCUGAAAGUGUAUACUGGUGAGCGAUACUAGUCUUCUGAAAUUUUAUGAUUCAGUUCAUCUCUGAUUCUCCCUACAAUACCGGUUCUCUUGUCGGCUGGAGCCUGUCUAAAUUCAUUUCUUUUGAUCUA